AUGUCAUGGACAUGUGCCUCAUCCUUUCAAGCGUCGGACAACAAAACAGCAAAAACUGCUAUUGCUCCUCUCGAUCGGGUCAAGAUUCUGUUCCAAGCAAGCAACCCUCAAUUUGAGAAAUAUGCAGGAACAUGGACGGGUGUAUUCAAGGCAGCUCGGGACAUUCAUAAGAUUGGAGGCGUUCGAGGAUUGUUCCAGGGUAACUCUGCGACGGUUCUCAGGAUCUUUCCCUAUGCAGCAAUCAAGUUUAUGGCAUACGAACAAUACCGCAGUUUGCUGAUGCCAACACGUCGUGAUGAGACGCCCUACAAGAAGUUUGUGGCCGGAUCCAUGGCCGGUGUUACGUCUGUAUUUUUUACAUACCCCUUAGACCUGAUCAGAGUGCGCCUGGCCUAUGAAACGACUGCCACGCCGUAUAUGACACUUGUCAGCAAGAUUUACAACGAGCCAGCAGGUCGGAAUCGUCCAGCACAUAUGGGUUGGAGAUCAGCGCUGCGAGUCUCAAACUUUUAUCGCGGAUUCUUUUGCACGGUCGCAGGCAUGGUUCCGUAUGCAGGAGUGUCGUUUUUUACGCAUGAUGUGGCCCAAGACUUUUGUCGCGAGCAUCUGCCCUGGACCAUCAAGCAGAAGCAGAACCGUGGAUUGCCGGACAAGAACGGGGACUAUUCACGCCCGGAGCUGCGAACAUGGGCGGAGCUGGCGUGUGGAGGGCUUGCGGGAGCGUUGUCGCAGACGGCAGCGUACCCGUUGGAGGUGCUGCGGCGUAAGAUGCAGGUCGCAGGAGCGUUGGAGCCGGGCCAGUUUAUGGGGACGUGGGAGACAGCGAGGCGGUUGUACAUAGCCAAGGGGGCACGUGGAUUCUUUAUUGGACUGAGCAUUGGAUACCUCAAGGUCACGCCGAUGGUGGCGAUCUCGUUCACAGUGUACGAGAGGAUGAAGACCUUGCUAGAGAUUAAUUAA